GGGGGCGGGUGCGCCGGGCGGCCCAUUUCCUCCUCUGAGCCGGACAGGAGGUAGACAAAGCGGCGGCCGUCGGCUUCGCGCCUCUGGACUCCUGCUAUCGUCCCGUUCGACGCAGUGGACACAACAUCUUUAUUUUUAUGUGGUGCUGAGGAUCGAACCCAGUGCCCCACGCAUGCCAGAAAUGACUGCUGUUCACACAGGCAACAUAAACUUCAAAUGGGACCCCAAAAGUCUAGAGAUCAGGACUUUGGCAGUUGAAAGACUAUUGGAGCCUCUUGUUACACAGGUUACAACCCUGGUAAACACCAACAGUAAGGGACCCUCUAAUAAAAAGAGAGGUCGUUCUAAGAAGGCCCACGUUUUGGCUGCAUCUGUUGAACAAGCAACUGAGAAUUUCUUGGAGAAGGGGGAUAAAAUUGCAAAGGAGAGUCAGUUUCUCAAGGAGGAGCUUGUGGCUGCUGUAGAAGAUGUUCGAAAGCAAGGAGAUUUGAUGAAGAGUGCUGCAGGAGAGUUUGCAGAUGAUCCCUGCUCUUCUGUGAAGCGAGGCAAUAUGGUUCGGGCAGCUCGAGCUUUGCUCUCUGCUGUUACCCGGCUGCUGAUUUUGGCUGAUAUGGCAGAUGUCUACAAACUACUUGUUCAGCUGAAAGUUGUAGAAGAUGGUAUCUUGAAACUGAGGAAUGCUGGCAAUGAACAAGACUUAGGAAUACAGUAUAAAGCCCUGAAACCUGAAGUUGAUAAGCUGAACAUUAUGGCAGCUAAAAGACAACAGGAACUGAAAGAUGUGGGCCAUCGUGAUCAGAUGGCCGCAGCUAGAGGAAUCCUGCAGAAAAAUGUUCCGAUCCUCUAUACUGCAUCCCAGGCAUGCCUACAACAUCCGGAUGUCGCAGCCUAUAAGGCCAACCGGGAUUUGAUAUACAAGCAGCUUCAACAGGCAGUCACAGGCAUCUCCAAUGCAGCCCAAUCUACAGCAUCAGAUGAUGCCUCCCAGCAUCAGGGUGGAGGAGGAGGAGAAUUGGCAUAUGCUCUCAAUAACUUUGAUAAACAAAUCAUAGUGGACCCCUUGAGCUUCAGUGAAGAGCGCUUUAGGCCUUCCUUGGAGGAGCGCCUGGAAAGCAUCAUUAGUGGAGCUGCCCUGAUGGCUGACUCGUCCUGCACACGUGAUGACCGUCGUGAGCGGAUCGUGGCAGAGUGCAAUGCUGUCCGCCAGGCCCUGCAGGACCUGCUCUCAGAGUACAUGGGCAAUGCUGGACGUAAAGAAAGAAGUGAUGCACUCAAUUCUGCAAUCGAUAAAAUGACCAAGAAGACCAGGGACUUGCGUAGACAGCUCCGCAAAGCUGUCAUGGACCACGUUUCAGAUUCUUUCCUGGAAACCAACGUUCCACUUUUAGUAUUGAUUGAAGCUGCAAAGAAUGGAAAUGAGAAAGAAGUUAAGGAGUAUGCCCAAGUUUUUCGUGAACAUGCCAACAAAUUGAUUGAGGUUGCCAACUUGGCCUGUUCCAUCUCAAACAAUGAAGAAGGAGUAAAGCUUGUUCGAAUGUCUGCAAGCCAGUUAGAAGCCCUCUGUCCUCAGAGUCUUGCUAAAUUGCUGAGUCUGGCCUCAUCUUGCAAUCCUCCUGCAUCAGCUUCCCAGGUGUUGGCAUUACAGGACUGCACCAUUGUGUCCGGCUCCGGGGUUAUUAAUGCUGCAUUGGCUUUAGCAGCAAAACCACAGAGUAAACUGGCCCAAGAGAACAUGGAUCUUUUUAAAGAACAGUGGGAAAAACAAGUCCGUGUUCUCACAGAUGCUGUUGAUGACAUUACUUCCAUUGAUGACUUCUUGGCUGUUUCAGAGAAUCACAUUUUGGAAGAUGUGAACAAAUGUGUCAUUGCUCUCCAAGAGAAAGAUGUGGAUGGUCUGGACCGCACAGCUGGUGCAAUUCGAGGUCGGGCAGCCCGGGUCAUUCAUGUAGUCACCUCUGAGAUGGACAACUAUGAGCCAGGAGUCUACACAGAGAAAGUUCUAGAAGCCACCAAGCUGCUCUCCAACACAGUCAUGCCUCGUUUCACAGAGCAAGUGGAAGCAGCUGUAGAAGCCCUCAGCUCAGACCCUGCUCAGCCCAUGGAUGAGAAUGAGUUUAUCGAUGCCUCUCGCCUGGUUUAUGAUGGUAUCCGGGAUAUCAGGAAAGCAGUACUGAUGAUAAGGACCCCUGAGGAGUUGGAUGACUCUGACUUUGAGACAGAAGAUUUUGAUGUCAGAAGCAGGACGAGCGUCCAGACAGAAGAUGACCAGCUGAUAGCUGGCCAAAGUGCACGGGCAAUCAUGGCUCAGCUUCCCCAGGAGCAAAAAGCAAAGAUUGCGGAACAGGUGGCCAGUUUCCAGGAAGAAAAAAGCAAGCUGGAUGCAGAAGUGUCUAAAUGGGAUGACAGUGGCAACGACAUCAUCGUGCUGGCCAAGCAGAUGUGUAUGAUUAUGAUGGAGAUGACUGAUUUUACCCGAGGUAAAGGACCACUCAAAAAUACAUCAGAUGUGAUUAGUGCUGCCAAGAAAAUUGCUGAGGCAGGAUCCAGGAUGGAUAAACUUGGCCGAACCAUCGCAGAUCACUGUCCAGACUCAGCCUGCAAGCAGGACCUGCUGGCCUACCUGCAACGCAUUGCCCUCUACUGCCACCAGCUCAACAUUUGCAGCAAAGUCAAGGCUGAGGUCCAGAACCUUGGUGGAGAGCUUGUUGUCUCUGGGGUGGACAGUGCCAUGUCCCUGAUCCAGGCAGCCAAGAACUUGAUGAAUGCUGUGGUGCAGACAGUGAAGGCAUCCUAUGUAGCCUCUACCAAAUACCAAAAGUCCCAGGGCAUGGCUUCCCUCAACCUUCCUGCUGUGUCCUGGAAGAUGAAGGCACCUGAGAAGAAGCCCUUGGUGAAGAGAGAGAAGCAGGAUGAGACACAGACCAAGAUUAAGCGGGCAUCUCAGAAGAAGCAUGUGAACCCUGUGCAGGCCCUCAGUGAGUUCAAAGCCAUGGACAGCAUCUAAUUCUGCCUUAACCACCUGCCCCCACCCGCGGGGGCUCUUAAAGAUCAAUCACUGUUCUUCACUCAAGUAUACUUGCUAAGUAGAGAACACUUACAUAGGAAGAUUUUGAAACCAGCCAGGUGGUGAAUUUUGCCAGGAUAUGUUUAAAUUGGUCAAAAAAUGCUUUUAGAUUCAGGAGCAUAUUUCUAGCUGUAUUUUUAUAAGCUUAAAUAAAAAUUCCAUAACCAAAGCAAAUCCCACAUUAACUUGUUAGUAACAAUCAGAUUGGAAUACCCAUUCUCUCAGCAAAGAGAGUGGACUCAACUGUGGAGGAGGAAUGUCCCAGAAAGGUCUUGCAAGGGAUAAAAACAUCAUGAAAAACAAAACACACAAAAAAACUCGAUUAUUUUUUAUGAAAUAAGAAUUAUAAUGCAUGGCUACAAUUACUAAUGCACUCUGCUGCAGAACAUUAAUAAUAAUGUUGCUUUUUUCAGGCUGGGAUGUUGGGAUGCCAUAAUUUGAACAUGCUUUUUUCUCCCCAACUGCAUAGGCAAAGUCAUCAUUGGGCUCACUUCUAAUAAUUGCAGUGUUUCCUGCCUUAGGCUUGCAAUAGAAGCCUGACAGAAUGAAUAUGUUUGCUUAGGCCAUAAUUUAGAUUUUACCUUAUUUGUGAUUACUACAUUGAUUACUAUAGCUACAAGGUAUACUUUUACUGUCUUAUUUAAAUUUUAUUAAUUUGAAUGUUUUUUACACUAGCUUUUCCCAAUAAAGUCCACUAUGAAACCAAAUAUAA